UUUCUAUUUUUAUUUUAUACUUUCGUAUUGUACAUGUCAGGCAUUUGUGAGAUACUGGAUUUUUAUUCGUUUAAUAAAUACUUUUAGUGUUUAUAUUUCACUUGUGUUAACGUUCAUGAAUUGAAGAAAAAAAAUAUUAUCCAUAUUGCACGGACUUCUUUAAAUUAUGAGCUUCUUAUUUGGAGGACGUUCUUCAAAAACAUUUAAACCUAAGAAAAAUAUACCAGAAGGGACUCACCAAUAUGAUUUAAUGAAACAUGCUGCUGCCACUUUGGGUAGUGGUAACUUGCGGUUGGCUGUUAUGCUACCUGAAGGAGAAGACUUGAAUGAAUGGGUUGCGGUUAAUACUGUGGACUUUUUCAAUCAAAUAAACAUGUUGUAUGGCACAAUAACAGAAUUUUGUACAGAAGAGAGCUGCGCUGUAAUGUCAGCUGGGCCCAAAUAUGAGUAUCAUUGGGCAGAUGGUCAGACUGUGAAGAAACCAAUCAAAUGUUCUGCACCAAAAUACAUUGACUAUCUUAUGACAUGGGUCCAAGACCAACUAGAUGAUGAAAAUUUAUUUCCAUCUAAAAUAGGUGUACCUUUCCCGAAGAAUUUCUUGUCCAUUGCAAAGACUAUCCUGAAGCGUCUCUUCAGGGUUUAUGCUCACAUAUAUCACCAGCAUUUUUCAGAGAUAGUGCAACUGGGAGAGGAAGCACAUCUUAAUACAAGUUUCAAGCAUUUCAUAUUUUUUGUCCAAGAAUUCAGCCUGAUUGAUAAGAGGGAACUUGCACCUUUGCAGGAAUUAAUAGAGAAAUUAACCUCAAAAGACAAAGAUAAAGACAACCAUCCCUCACGCUGAUUAUAUAAAUUAUUCUAAACUUUUUCAAUUUUCCUAGCACAGUCAUAUCUUAAGAAGAAAAAAAGUACCAUAAUGAGAUUAGUUAGUAUUGUACAUUAUGUCACUUGAUUGCUUCAAGUGUCAGGUUAAAUUAUAUUCAAAAAGUGGUAACUAAGAAACAUAUUUUUUCUUAAAAUAUUUUUUUAUGGAAUUAAAUCCCCUUUACUCUCAGUGAAACAAUAUCCCUCAUAAUAUCUAUUAACUUUAUACAAUCUAAUUAAUAAAAAAACAUGUAGAACAUUGCAGAUAGAUAUUGGGUCUUUUCCCCUUUUAACAAUUUGAAUUAACCACAGAUCUAUUGCAAGUGACUUGCAAUUAAUCAGAGAAAAUCUAGGUAAUCAUUUAAACUAUUUUCCGUCCAAAUAUUAGUAGCUGUAGGGAAAUGUGCAAGUACCCUCAGAUGUGCAAGACCAAAUUCUUCUUUAUAAACCUGUUUCACCCGAACAUACUUUCCCGGCCCCAUGAACGUGCUAAUUGACAGGUAGGGAUUUAUGACUGUAGAUUUAUUUGCUUAAUAUAGAUGGUUGUGCAUUAUUAUCAUGCUGUUUCUUGAAAAAAUUAUGGAUUUUUUUUUUUAAUUUUAGUCCAACUUAUUUUUUAUUGAUUAAUCAUGAGAAAAAAUUUUUACGUUAUGUUAAUGUGGAAAUUUUUAUUGUACCAAAUAAUUUUAAUAUGUAAUUCUGAUAAUUCCAGUCGUUUGAUAAUAAACUAGGUCACAUUCAGCGCUUAUAUUUUCUUGUGUAGAAGCUUUUUAGAUAUUGUUAUGGAAAGAUGCUUGAACUAACUUAAUUGUAUACUUUUAUCAUAAUUUUUUUUUGUAGUUAAUGAUUUAACGUCAUGUAUCCUAGCCAUAAAUUAUUAGUACAAAUUCUUAUUUAAUAUUUUCUAAAAUGGAUGCGCAUAACAUUAUUAACUCUAUCUUUAACAUAACUGAUAAAUCGUUAGUGUAAUAUAAUGUGUAUAAACAACUAGAUUUUUGCUUUGGGACCAUUUGUUGAGGGCAUUGAGUUUAGCUACUGCAAUUUUGGCUUGUGAUUUUGAUGAUAUCCAUGAUUUAAAUAGGAUUAGAAACUCAGGUUUGGGAUGGGAAGCCUUAUGAUUUUGCUGGAAAUGAUUUUUUUUUUUUUAAUUACCUUGCUUUUAGGAAUUUUAUUGUAACAUGGAUGUUGGCUGUAUAUGGUUGUGUUUAUUACCAUUUAUUAUUUUGUGCACAAAUUUAUAUUCUGUUAUUGUUAUGUAACAAGUUUUUAUGAAAUUUUAUUGAUGAAACAAUCUGAUUGUGUAACUUUUUAUGACUAAAAUGACAGGUGUCAGUUCUCAGGUGAAGUUUUAAGGCACAUUAUGAGCUGUUUUAUUUAGUUUCUAAGAUUGGAGAAACGGAUUCUCUUCAUGAUGUAUAAAAUUACUAUGAGUUCUAAAUAUAUAAAUUAUUUUAUGAAUAUAUUUCAAAUACACUACAGAAUGAGUUACAAUAUGUUGCAAGAGAAUCUAAAAGUAUUUUUUUGCAUAAAGUAUGUUUUGAUCUAUGUAUUAUGCUAAUAAAUAUUUAUUUGAAUAUUAUUUAAUACUUAAAUUAUUCAUUAUAUUAUUUAUAUUUAAAUUUAAAAAGCACUGAAUGUCAUUGCUGUUUGGAAUUAAAAUUAAGAAUUUACUGAUUUAUUUAUGCAUUAAUACAUUUUAAAAUUUUUUGCAACCUAAGUUUUAUUCUAUCAAAGAGGGAAAAGUUGUUCUAUUCUGCCAUUUUGAUGGACAAAAUUAGAGGCAGACACACUUGUUAGCUGACUAAUUAAAUUGUAUUUAUAUGCUGUAAUUUCUAUUUAAAAGUUUUCUGCAUAGGUUUUUGUAUUUCAUUUACAUCACUUUGUAAUAUGUAUGAAUAAAACACCUUCAUUUUGUUAAGUAAUGCUGCUAUAUGUUACUUUGACAGACUUGUCAGCUUUAUUUUUUAAUCAAGCAUUGCUGGUUGAUGAACAGUUAAUGUGUUAUAUUUUCUUUUUAUACAUAUCUGUUCUUUACUUCUUGUUUGAAACAUAGAAUAUUUCAUCUUUAUAUUUGUCACUUUGUGAAACUUCUUUGCCUUUGUCUACUUAAAAUUCAUGCUCAAUUCCAACCUUAUCUUUCAUCUGAAAAAAUAGCAAAUAUAUUUUAAAGACAUCACUAUGAUUAUGAUUUGUCCUUAACAAUUAAAAUAAAUAGUUCUAUAAAUCGUGUUUUAAUAAAAUAAAAUCCCUCCUUUGGGAUUUGUUUAUUAUUUGCAUUGAAUAGUUAAUAUAAUUUAAAAUUAUUUAAUAUUCAACAUGUAUAAUAUGAAAUAAUUAUCCUAAAAUAGAAUACCUGAUUUGAUUUAUAAUUUCCAUUUCUUUAAUAAUAUAUGUAAAAAUGUUUAUAAGGGUAAAUGUAUCCCCAAUUACAUUGGGGCUGUUUUAUCAUCUUAAUUAUAAAGUGAAUUCUAGUAAUAUUAUUGUAAAAGAGAGAAAUAAGCUAACAAAGAAGUUUCACUCUGAAAAUGUUUAUAUGUUCAUUUAGUAUAAUCAUUCCGAAACUAGUAAAAUUUCUAUGAAAUUUCUCUUAUGAAAUGUCUUGUGUUUUGAUAAAUUCUAAAGAUUUCUUUCUAAUUAUUUUUACCAAAUGAGUUUUGUGCAUGGAAAACUAUUUCAAUUGAGGGACAAAAUAUGUUUUUGUGUAUAUUUUUAACAAAACAUUAUUAUUAUUAUUAUUUCAUAUUCAUAGAUGCUGCAUGUAGACAUAUUAUCAUAACCCCUUUGCAAAGGCAUGUAUUUAAUUUUUUGCCAUCUUUCAGUUUAAAUUUUUGUAGAUGAUGUUGAUUGUUAUAAUUUAUAAAGCAGCGGUGUUGCUUUUAAGUGAAAUAUCGUGUGCUGAUCUGUAAAAUAAUAACAAAUAAAUUGUGAUGCUUU